GCAGUAUUAAUAUGGUUGUUCCAGAGAGUGUAGUGUGUGAGAAGAUAUUGCUGCAUUAGAUUGUUUUGAACUAUCUUUACUAAUAUAAGAUGUGUCACAUUUGUAGAGGACGAUUUUAUGUAAUAUGAACAACUAAAUCGAAGUGAUUCUUUGAUAUAAACGUCGCUGCCAUGGAAACUCCUAUAAAUAUAACCAAUAACACGAUGAUGAGCAUCCAGAAGAAAGGUACUUCGAAAAGCACCAGGCCCAUCCCUACCAGAACGCAAAGUACAGCAGUUCUAAGGGUGGCUAUUCUUCAUCGACGACGUCGUCGGAUAGUCGCUACGAAGGGCGUAUGCGUGAUUCCCCAAAUGGCAAUUCUUACAGUCCAGCAGGAGGCUUGGGAUUGGGAAUGGGAGCAGACAGAGACAGCCCCAGGAGUUAUACCUCCAAGCCCCUGUAUAAGAAGGAGAGAGAAAAUAGAGACUAUAAAUUAUCCUCCUCUAGGGACAAGUAUUCCGAUUGUGCACGAUCACCAAAAGACAAGAGAAGCCAUGAGAGCAGGGAUUCAGAACACAGGACCAACCACGAUAGGAGUAGUGGAGAGAUCUUACAUCCCAUAAAAUUAUCAUCAAAUUCAUCACGAGAUUCUUCAUCUCAGAGAAAACCAGCUCACAAUUCUUGUCAGGAUAAACGUGGUGAUGAACGAGGUGCGAUGGAACGAACAGCCAGGUUUGGUGAUUGGUCAGAGCAUAUGAGUUCUUCAGGAAAGAAGUAUUAUUAUAAUUGCAAAACAGAAGUUUCUCAGUGGGAAAAACCACGUGAAUGGACUAUUCGUACAGAUAAUCGUCAACGCCAAUCCAAUGAUUACUCCUCUAGGUCAAGUCAUGAUAAACAUUCCAACUCGCGAUCAAAUAGCAGUAGCAGCUUGCGAGAUGGUAAAUCAUCCCGGCAAUCUGACAAGCGGGAAUAUUGGAGUUCAUGUAGUGGAAGUGGCGGUAGCAAUAGAGAAGAAGUUUCUACGCGUGAUAGAGAGAGAGAAAAGGAACGAGAGAGAGAACGAGAAAGAGAGAGAGAAAGAGAACGGGAGAGAGAAAGGGAAAGGGAGAGAGAACGAGAAAGGGAAAGAGAUUCUUGCAGGGAAGAAACAGGAGCAGAACGUCAAGCUCAAGAUAUGGAUAUUUCACCUGGUGAUUCUACACCAACUUCUGAACCUUUAACAUCCUGUGCUCACGAUCCACUGCCGCAAGGUCCUGUUCUAUUGGCCACUGCAUUACCUCGAUUAACAUCACAUCCACCAUCGACACCACAAACACCUGGAAAAUUAAGUUCACCAACCCAACAACAAGGGAAUAGUAAUGCUCCAGGACCACCAGUUUCAUUAGCAAGUUUACCAAGACUUCUUUCUCAAAUUACAGGCAGCAAAGAACAACCUGACAUUACACCGCAGAAAGCGUUACAGACAAUUCAAACAGCUAUCUUGCUAUCUAGACAACAAUCAGCUAGUGGAGACCGAAAUAACAGUGGCAAUGAUGUAAUGGUCCCAUUAAAAGUUGAUACUAGUGGCAAUACUACCAGUGAGGGACCACCUACUCCAACCCAUUCAGAAACUCAGGAUUGUAUCGAUGCUCGAAAAUUAACCAGUCCUGGUGGAACGAAUUCUGGAGUGCAAGGUCUAAGCUCAUUGCAAAGUCUUAGUACGUUAGGUUCUCUUGGAAAUUUGAGUAAUACUGGAGGUUUACAAGCAUUGUCUAGAGUACAACCUCCUUUAACACCUUCUUUAACACCAUCACUUGCUAAUCAUUAUCGAGAAGAUUUAACACAACAUGUGCGUGCCUUUCCAGCCGAUAUUCUUGAGAAACAGGCACAAAAACUUAGUGAGGAAGCACAUACAAUGGGCAGUUUGCAGUGCACAAGAGUAUCUGCAGAAUUGAAAACAGCACGAUCGAUAGUGAGGCUGACAGAAAUUCAGGCAACACUACAGGAACAAAGGAUAUUAUUCCUCCGUCAACAAAUUCAAACAUUGGAGGAACUAAAAUCCCAAAAUUCCUUCAUGUCUGAUGAUUCUUAGUGUAAGAAACUUUAUAAAAUAAUUAUAAUUACAACCUAUAAUUAAUUCAUGCAAAAAAUAAAACAUAAUUAUUAAUAUUCUCAUUAAUAUUGAAUAAUUAAAAUUGUACCUAAAUUAUAAUAUCGUGAUAGAAGUGAUAUAAUAGCAAAUGAAUAUGGGCUGCCUAGAGAGGUCAAGCUGUUUCUCUAUCAGCUGACGAGUCUUAUUAAUUAAUUAGUGAAUCCACCUCUCUAGGAAGCACAAGAGGCCUAUCCAACACACAGAUGCAACACUGAGUAAAUAGAAAGUGAAUAAACUCUAUCGGUUUAAUGCAAACUACUAAAUUGUAUAUCUGAAUUGUCCACAGCAUCUUGUAUUACCUAUGUUAUAAUACGUGUCAAUGUUUCUCAUAUCCCACGAUUAUGCGACAUUUUAACUAGUUGGAACAUUUUUGUUGUAAAUCUCGGAAUAAAAUUCGUGCCACAAGUUUUAAUCCAGUUCUUUAUCACCAUUAACUCACCUAAUUACCCACACAUGUUUGUCUGGUGAAUUAAGAAAGUAAAAUUCAAGAAAAAUUUGUGGACGCAAUAAUUUACUUAUUUACAAUGCUUUUUCUGUCAUUUGGUAUUUUACAGAGAAUGUUAUUGCUGUAGAAAUACAAAUAUUAAUGACAUUAGCAUUUUAUAUCAUGCAUAAUUGAUGGCCAUUGCUGACUUUGAAGUAAGUUAAAUAUGUUUAAACAUAAAACAAUGAAUACUAUAGAAUACUAGAAUUUAAUUGUGUGUAUCUUAAUAAUGACGUGAUCCCAUAAUUUAUAUUUGAUGAUUAUGUAAACAUGUAACAUUGUAUAGCUAUAUUGAUAGAUUUUAAACAAUCAUUAUGAUAAAAUAUAUCAUCAGUCACUUUGAUGGUCUUCAAUCUAUGUAUGAAUCUAUUUUUAUCUUUUGUAAUAAAAAAGAGACUUGUGUAGAAUGCAAACUGUAAUAACCAACAAAUUAAACAUAUCGAUGAUGUAUCUUAUAAUUUUAGAUAAUUUUUAUUUCACAUAGUCAUUGUACAUCUAUGUAACAAAAAGGACUAAGUAGCAUUUCUUAUGUCUUUGCGUAAAAAUGCAUAUGCUUUAUAAAAGUAGUUUUUAUAGUAAAUAAUGUAAUCAUUAAUAACAUAAUUAUUGCAAAUUGCAUUUAAUAUUUAUUAAACGAAUGUUCUCGAAUAUAAUGCUUUAAAGAAAAUGUUAGAAUUUAGUUUCCUGUUAUGUAUUCUUUAGAGUAUUUGUAACAAAUGGAGGCCGUUUUGUAAAUGAAACUAUUCAAAGGAAAAUAGUCUUUGUUUGUUGUAUGUAUAUUAAUCAAGCUCCUGCUUUUCUAUGUAAUAAAAACUUAUAAAAAUAAAUAAUAUACACAAAAAUUCAGGAUGGUGGAGAACACGAAUUUAUAUAAGUCACGAUAUAAAUUUCUCACUUUAUAUAUUUCAUCAAGGAACUGUCAAUGAGUGAGCCUGUUACUUAUAGAAAUAAAGAAACAAAUUAAAAAAAAAUAAUUCUUAAAUUGACAUACUUUAUGUAAAUAUCAGUGGUUGCAAUUGAAUUUAAAUUAUUCUUUUAAAUCGUUCCAUAGUUUGUAAACCAAAGCAUUUCAAUAUGUGCGCAUUUUUAACUUACUCUGUUCCGAUACCAUAUAUAAAAAAGAAAAUGAAAAAUCCACCAUUAUUCAAACAAUUACAUAUUUAUGCAUACGUGCGCAAUAUCAAAAUUCUUUGAUUCAUACUCGUUACGGAGAAUAGACUUCUAGAAACGCUACACAUUUAGAAAUAAAGUAAAAUUGUCAACGGAAAAUAAA